ACCCUGGUGUGCCACAACUUCCAAUUUUACGCAAGACGGACAACGGGAAUACUGCGAAUUGCAAAAAGGAUGGUGUCCUUCUGGGUGGUUCCGUCUAAAAAGCAGUUGCGUUUUCAUGGGAAAGGAUCCAGCUCGUCUCGAUUAUGAUGAUGAAGUUGGAGUGACCUUUUGGAGAAAGGCGCGUGAGAAAUGUAACGAGAAAGGAGCGGACCUCAUGAUCGUGCGAGAUAAAGCAGACUUAAACGGACUAGUAUCCAUGUACUACCAAGCUAGAGUUAGUAUCCGUAGACCUCUUUUUUUAGGAUCACGGGAGUAUUUCAACACUCAUUGGAAAUGGCUUGACGGUACUGAGGUUAAUCCAGCUCUCUGGGGGAACGGAGAACCAAAACCAAUUCAUGGAAGAUGUGGAGUGAUCGAGGAUUUCAGAAAGAGGUGGUUUGACAGAGGCUGUGGUUGGUGGUUAGCAGCAAGGCCCUGCAAUAAGAUAAGAAGGGCUUACAUAUGCGAGUCUCCAUUGACCAACAGAACCUGCAAACAAGGAUAUUCAUUAGCAGAGGAUCGCUGCUAUAAGAUAGUCACCUCUCUUCGUCUUAUUUGGGAGGAUGCCCAGUGGGACUGCUUAACCCAAAACAGCAGCUUAGCGGUUAUCAACACUAAGAAAAACUUUGAAAGAGUCGCCUCACUUCUAUCAACGGUGAAGUGGCGAUAUAGCUUCUUCGUCGGGCUUGUAAGGAAUUUGAGCAGCUGGUCAUGGAUUGAUGGAAUAUCAAUUGACCCAUAUCUGUUUCAAGCUGGAUAUCCCAAGAUAAGGGAUAAGGAAGAAAAUUGUAUAGCGUUUUCUGGGUACACUCCUGACAUUAUAAAUGUGGGGUGCAACAAUGGUUAUGCCUACGCCUGUCAAAGUGCUCAAGCCGUUGUAGGAAAUGUUGCAUUUGGAAGUCUGACGGACCAUUCAAGUUUGGCUACAGGAAGCAAUUCAUCAUUUGUAGUCGAUGACAAUCUCACAACUUGUUUCUCCUCUAAAGUGGAAGAGAGUCCAUGGCUCGAAAUAAAGCUAGUGAAAUGGUUUUACAUCUACAAAGUGACCAUAAAAAAUCCCAAGAACACAAGUAUCCCCGAACCUCUCACAGUGUCGAUCAUUUCACGCAAUCGGAAUGGUGAAUCUACCACUUCUGUGUGUACAAAGAAAGGGAACUCUUCGUACUUGGAGUAUCAAUGUAUUCCUCCAGUGAGAGGUGACACUCUGUACAUCAAAGGGUCCAAAUUGAACACAGCGCUGGUUUUGUGCCAUGUCAGUGUUUUGGCAUUCGAAACAGAAGAAAAUGCAAAAGGAGUACUUCGAGAGGUCUGGCUUUCAGAAACAGCUGACGAAAACCCACUUCUUCUUAGAGACCUGAGUGCUUUCACCAGACAGAGAGACCUUUGGAAUAUAAUUCCAAGAAUGGAUGCAACGGUCAAUUUAGGAAAAUUUUAUGCUCAGAAACUAAAUGCUUACAUGAAGGUCACUGAUUCUGGCUACCACACAUUUUACAUGACGUGCAAUGAUGAAUGCGAGUUGUGGUUUGAUGGCGUUGAAGAUCUAGAAGGGUUGGGGGCUGGUCAGUCCGAGAGAAAAAUGUUGAUAAAGCUGGUUGAUAUGAAGACUUUAGAGCGUCUGACGUGGGAUAGGUCGCUCAGCAAGCAAAUUUCACAACCCAUAUAUCUUUCUCGUUGUCAUCUUUAUAACAUUGAGGUCUUUAUGAGGGAGUAUGUCAACGAAGAUCACUUGUCUAUUGGAAUCAAGUUUCCUAAUGGGGAAGAACAAAAACCUGUUUACGCCAAAAAUCUCUUCUGGCUAAAAACAGGUGAGCGGAGCCUCGUCUUCAGCAACAUACGAUUCGAGCCCGGUAAUAAAUUUACGGCGGAAGUUGGAUCUAUCAUAUCGAUAGCAGGCUCCUACAAAUACUGCUGUCAAGGGAUUUUCUGUCCAGACUGUGAUCUUAGAGUGGCUAUAUCGGUGUUUUACACCGAGUACAUCAUCAAUUCCUCUCUGUCAAUGAAUUGCCGAGAAAAUUCAUUCAAUAUUUCACUAGAAGCAGACGUAACACCUGGAUUCUACGGCAUUCAGGCCCAGUAUUCUUUUGUUGAUGAAAAUGCCACAAAACACCUUGAAAUUGCUCAAGUAUCCAUGACAGCUGCGGUUCUAAGUCAAUGCAGUUUUUUUAAUGAUCUCUGUCAAUGGAAAGAAAAGACCACAAACGGAUCUUCGUGGAAAACAGGAGGAGAUUACCAAGGUGCUUAUUUACUGGGUGUCAGCGAGGGCUCUCUUGAAAGUCCAAAGAUGCCUUGGAAAGAGUCAUUUAAAGAAACGUAUUCGUGUUUGCAAUUUAAGUACAUCUUACCAGGCACAACAACAGAAGGAAGAAAUUCUACCCUGGAAGUUUUCGUCGGUAACGAGGAACAGAUGGCUCUGCUUUGGAGAGUUCAAGGAUACCAUGGAAACAAAUCAUCACGAGGCUACGUAUCGUGGGAAUCCAAAAAAGAUGUCAUGAUUGAGCUUAAGGCAACUAGCUACGGGAAAGCUUCAGCUGUAAUUCAGGAAGUAAAAAUUAUCACCAACUACUGCGAAAUUUUCCCUUUGUUCGCCAUGCCAGGUCACAGCUGUAGCAAAGAAGAAUUCCAGUGUGAAAAUUUGCAAUGCAUUAAAAGUGUCCUAAGAUGUGAUGGCGACUUGAAUUGUUUGGACGGAUCUGAUGAGGAAAACUGCCAAUGUCUAAACGGUCAGUUUUCGUGUUCCUCGGGGACAUGCCUGCCUCCAGAAAAACUGCGAGAUGGCAAACAGGACUGUGUUGACGGGCAAGAUGAAAAGAAAGGAGGAGUGAAUCCGAAUUCCAAGUAUCCUUGUUUUGACGGUAAGGCGAUCUCUUGGUCCCAGACAUGUAAAAAAACAGAAAGUUGUGCUGACAGCAGCCAUUUUUCUGCCAUUUGUGGGAAGACGGAAUGCCCGCUGAAUGACUUAGCUUGUUCAAAGCAAACAGGGGAUGCGAAGAAGGAUAAGGAAGACGCUUGUCAGAUUCCUUUUCGAGGAUCAUGCAGUUUUCAGAAUGGUUUGUGUGGAUUUCAGAAUGGUAUUAACAGUGAAUUUCAGUGGACGACAGAAAUUAGAGGAACCCUAUCAGAAGGCACAGGACCUUCCUUUGACCAUACCACUUUAUCAGACCAAGGCCGUUACCUUUAUAUCGAAGCAUCAAACAGACAAGCUGGCGAUAAAGCGCGAUUACAAAGCGGCUGGUUCCUACAUGCUCCAGAACUUUGUCUUCAGUUUUGGUACCACAUGUAUGGAGAAGAUAUAGGGUCUCUUAACAUUUACAUUGGAGCAAUGAAAUCAGAAGAAAAGGUUUGGAGUCAACAAGGGAACCAGGGAGAUAGAUGGAUUUUUGCGCAAGUUCCUAUAAAUUCAGGAGGUCAUGAAAGACAAUUUCAGAUCCUAAUAGAAGGUGUGAUUGGAGGUGGAAGCUCAGGGGAUAUAGCUAUUGAUGACAUCACUGUUUUAACUGGAAGCUGCAUUAAAAUCGUUAAACAGGAAACUCUGGAUUGCUACUUUGAAAAUGGACUGUGUGGUUGGACUGGGGAAAACGACUGGAAGAUAGAGAGCACUGUAAACAAUGGUAAAUUCCUCUACUUCAAAACAGAUCGCGCUGAAUUAAUUAGUAGAACCUUGAUAACAAAAGAGCUAACCCAAGCAAAGGAAUGGCGGUGCUUAACAUUUUGGUAUUUCAUUGGCGAGGAGAAGAGGACGCAUACCAAUGAGAAAGUGGUGGAACUCAACGUUUCUGCUCUUCACCCUGAUAAUAGCAGUGAUGUCACUACUCUGUGGUCCACUUCUUAUCGUACAAACCGGUGGACGUAUGUGCAGCUGCCUCUUCACUACAGAGAGAGUCCCUUUAAGAUCUUGUUUAGAGGAACCCUAGAUUCUGCCGAGGUUGUAUUCCUGGGCAUUGAUGACAUAUCUUUUUCCAGAGAGAAGUGUAACGCUAUUCCGAACGAUGAGGGGAAAGACAUAUGCACCUGGGUAACCGGCUACCACACCUGCUGUAGAUUCCCUUUUGUCUAUGAAAAUACUCUGUAUCACUCCUGCACAGGAGACGAUAACGACAGACAGUGGUGUUAUUUUGGAGACGAUGAGUUUGAUGCUGGUGGCUGUGAUGGCAAGAUUCAAUCUUUGUCUCAUAUUUUUAUGGCUCAGAGCCAAAGGAAGAUUUCUUAUUCUUGGCGCGCGUACCUUCACGCUAUACUAAACCAAAUAAAAACUAGUGGAUCUCUUGGCCUUGAGUCACCAUCACCAUAUUUGGAUGACGUUUAAGAAUAAAAAAAAUCCAAAUAAUUUUUAGAACCUUUAGGAAACGCUCACAAGUAGGUGUGUCGAAAAAACAUUCUGAACUUUUUCACCGAAUGUGUUACUGAGACAUCUCUGAGGUAAAAGUAACAGACGACAGUUAUGCAGCCAAAAAAA